GCGGCUGUGCAAUUGUCCUCCACGCGGCUUGGUCCCCAGGUGGAAGGAUCUGUUCUGCAAAGGAGACAGCAAAGUAUCUUUAGCCUAAAGGACUCAGCGUCCAGUGUUCUAGUUGAAGAUCUAAAGAGAAAGCCACCUUGCUGCCACUAUGCCUAACUUUUCUGGCAACUGGAAGAUCAUCCGAUCGGAAAACUUUGAGGAAAUGCUAAAAGCUCUGGGGGUGAACAUGAUGAUGAGGAAGAUCGCUGUGGCUGCAGCCUCCAAGCCAGCAGUCGAGAUCAAACAGGAGAAUGACACUUUCUACAUCAAAACCUCCACCACUGUGCGAACCACGGAGAUUAACUUCAAGAUCGGGGAGGAAUUUGAGGAGCAGACCGUGGAUGGGAGACCCUGUAAGAGUUUGGUGAAAUGGGAGAGUGGAAACAAAAUGGUGUGCGAGCAGAGGCUUCUGAAGGGGGAGGGCCCCAAGACCUCCUGGAGCCGAGAACUGACCAAUGAUGGAGAGCUGAUCCUGACAAUGACAGCAGAUGACGUUGUGUGCACCAGGGUCUACGUCCGAGAGUGAGUGCCUACGGGUCCAAGAACUGCCUGAGACGACUUCCGUGCCCGCUACAGGACACAAACCUCCCUCCCACGUCCAUCUUACAAACUAGCUCUCCCCUUACUCCUGAGGGUUACUGCUUCCUCCAAGGCCUUUUGUUCUUUGCCUUCUCUAAGCCAGAGAGGGGCAGAAGCUCAGAACCCUCCCACCGCCAUUUGCCCCUCCCAGGUCAGCAGUCCCAGCUCCACACCAGGGUCCUUCCUGGAAGAGACUGUCUCUCUGGCCUCUACUCCUUAUCCUUGUAGUCUGUGUGAUUUAGAAUAUUUAUUGGUUAAUUUUAUUAAAAUGUUUUAAAAUGU